GCAGGACCUGAAUUGGCUAACUAUGAAAAGGUGGGUGGUGGGCCAGGGAUCCUUUGGCAUCGCCAUCCUCUACCGAUGCAAGUCCGACGGGCACCAGAUCGUCUUCAAGCAAAUCAACCUGAGUGAGUUGACCCCGCCUGGUCGGGAUCUAGCCAUGAACGAGGUUGAAGUCUUCUCGAAAUUACAUCAUCCGAAUAUUGUGAGCUACCUCGGUAGCUUCAUCAAGGACAACACUCUGCUCAUCGAGAUGGAGUACGCCGAUGGAGGUACACUGGCCCAAAUCAUCGCCGAGCGGCAGGGAAAAUUGCAUUUUCCUGAACGAUAUAUAAUAGCCGUAUUCGAACAGAUCUCCAGUGCCAUCAACUACAUGCACUCGGAGAACAUCCUGCAUCGGGAUUUGAAGACCGCUAAUGUAUUUCUGAACAGGCGAGGCAUUGUGAAAAUCGGAGAUUUUGGCAUAUCCAAAAUAAUGAACACCAAGAUACAUGCCCAGACUGUUUUGGGCACACCCUACUACUUCAGUCCGGAGAUGUGCGAGGGUAAGGAGUACGACAACAAGAGUGACAUUUGGGCUAUGGGCUGCAUUCUGGGCGAGAUGUGCUGCCUGAAGAAGACCUUUGCUGCCGCCAAUCUAUCCGAACUGGUCACCAAGAUUAUGGCAGGGAACUAUACACCUGUGCCUUCGGGUUACACAUCGGGACUGCGCAGUCUAAUGUCCAAUCUGCUUCAAGUUGAAGCACCAAGGCGACCUACCACCUCAGAGGUAUUGGUCUACUGGAUUCCGCUAAUAUUCCGUAGCCUGGGAAAGAACAAAGGGUAUUCUUGAAUUCUCGUGCCACCAGCACAAAAGUGGAGGCAAAAAUACCUUAACUGAUGGCCAAAUGUUUACUCUUACCUGAUUUGAUUUGACCAAUAUUUUGAAAUCUAUAAAUAUAUUUCUAGAACGCA